AUGACGAGACCGCGCGGGACAAGCGCCGCCAGCGAGGAGAGCGAUGUUACCGCCGGCCAGCAGGAGCUGGGUAGCAUGUACGACUACCUAGCCAAGAUUAUCCUCCUGGGACCGAGCGGGACAGGAAAAUCAUGCUUGCUGCAUCGCUUCGUUAAGAAUGAAUGGCGGGUCUUAUCGUCCCAGACCAUCGGCGUUGAGUUUGCGAGCAAAAUCAUCAAGGUUGGCACCGGAUCCCGGCGCAAACGUAUAAAGCUACAGCUCUGGGACACCGCCGGCACCGAACGAUUCCGCUCCGUCUCGCGAUCAUACUACCGAGGCGCCGCUGGCGCCAUAUUGGUCUACGAUGUCACAUCUCACAGCAGCUUCCGCGGUCUGCAGCCCUUCCUUAACGACGCCCGAGCCCUCGCCUCUCCCAACUUAUCUUGCCUCCUCGUCGGCAACAAACUCGACCUCGCUUCCGAUCCCCUAAUCGACACGAGCCUCCCACCCCCGACACCGAGCAGCGUCGGCUCCAUGUCCUACUUCACGAGCGGAUCAGUCGGAACGAGUAUGCCGUCGCUCGGCACGCAGCAAAAGGCAACAGAAGCCCCCGAAGGCCGCGAGGUCGCCAACGCAGACGCAAAUAGGUGGGCGAGCACGGUGGGAAUACCCGUGGUGAUGGAGGCGAGCGCAUUCAGCGGCGAAAAUGUGGACGAGAUCUUUGCGAGACUUGCUCGCAUGAUCCUCACCAAAAUUGAGCUGGGAGACAUUGAUCCGGACGAUCCGAUGAGCGGCAUCCAAUACGGGGACGGUUACGGUGGGGGCUGGAGCGCGGGGGCCAGCGACGGUGCGAGUAUUAAGAGUUCCAUGACCGGCGCGACGCUCGACGACACGGGCACCGUGAGGAGACGGAGAGGAAGACGAAAUACCCGGAGCGGCGCAAACUGGGGGCUGCGAGAUUGGGAGGAAGUGUUUACGUUGUCGAACCGACGUAGAGGAGGGAACUGCUGCUAG